AAAGAUAUGUAUAUUUGGUUCAUAUAUGUUCCCUGAGUGUGAAUUUAUUAUCUUCUUCUUCCUUCUUCAUCUCCCGAGGGGUCUCUCAGAAGAACGAACUGUGCGUUUCUCUUUCCACUCAACACAAAGAGUACAAAAGAACGCUAGAUAGAAGGCAACAAACAAGCAAAAUCGAUAAUGCAGACAAUCAUCAUCCACAAUUUCUCGUUCUGCAGAUUUAACUCCACCAUGACUGAUCCAAAGCCAAGAUUUCAAGUUUCUUCUUUUGUUACUCUUCCUCCUUCAACUUAUUCAGUGCAACACAAACUCUGUACAAGAGCUACGACGAAUAACCAGUUUAUCGCAGUUUGUGCAGCACCAUCAGAUGUAGAGACUUCUUCUAAGGAUGAAUCAGUUUUGAUUACGAAAGUGGAGACUACAAACAGCAAUGAAGUUAAGGUGCAUGUACAAGUAUCAGGAGAGAAGACUCAAACUGUAUUCAAUAAUGUAUUUGAGAGAAUGGUUGCUGCAGCUCAGCCAAUUCCAGGGUUCCGAAGAGUCAAAGGAGGAAAGACCCCAAAUAUACCCAGAGAUAUUUUGCUAGAGAUCCUUGGAUAUUCUAAAGUCUAUAGGCAGGUGAUAAAGAGAUUAAUCAAUUCUGCUAUUGAAGACUAUGUUAAACAGGAAGACCUGAAGGUUGGCAAAGAGUUGACUGUUGAGCAAAGCUAUGAAGAUCUUGAAGAAACAUUUGAACCUGGUGAGAGUUUCAGCUUCGAUGCUAUAAUAAAGCUUCAAGAAGUGAGUUGAAGAAAGCGUUGAUUCUUAAGGUACUUAUCAUUGUGAUUUGUCUUUUUACCUUCUCCGGUAACAGUUAGAUUUCUUGUCGAGUAGGAAAGGAUAAUCACAUUUGGAUUAAGCUUCUGGUAAUAAAAGUUUGAAACUUCAGUUA